CGCUCGUUCGGCCGGCUGGGCCGCGCCGUGGCCACGCACCCCUGGGCCUUCCUGCUGGCGCCCAUGGCGCUGACGGCCGCGCUGGGCUCGGGCUUCGCCUUCCUGCCCGAAGAGGAGGAGAAUCUGGAGGAGCAGUACACGCCGGUGGGCGGCCCUGCUAAGGCCGAACGGCGCUUCGUGCAGGCCCACUUCUCCACCGACGACGCGCGGCGCUUCUCCGCCUCCCGCAUGAGCACUGAGACCAACUUCGCCUCGGUGCUGGUGGUGAGCGACGCGGACUCGCUGCUGGACGCCGAGGUCUUCGCGGAGGUGAGCCGGCUGGACCAGGCUGUGCGGGGCCUGCGGGCGGCAGUGGAGAACGGCUCCCAGAUCCGCUACCACGAGGUGUGCGCCAAGUUCAAGGCCGGUUGCGUGCCACCCAACCCGCUGCUGUACCUGUGGCAGCGGAACCCCGCGCUGGACCUGGGCCGCGUCACCUUCCCCGUCCUCAACUUCUCAGGCCACCCCAUCUUCCUGGCCGGCUUCUUUGGAGGCAACACCCUGGGCGAGUGGCUGGGCCCGAGCCGGCGGCUGGCGGCAUCCAAGGCCAUGCACCUACUGUACUUCCUGCAGACGGAGGAGCCCGAGCAGAGCCGGCGCAGCAAGGCCUGGCUGGUGCACUUCCUCGAUCAGUUUGAGGAUCUCCAGAGCAGACUGGCCUUGCGGACUAUUAAGGUGGUCUACUUUACAUCACUUUCCAGACAGCUGGAAUUUGAGGCAACUUCUAUGACAGUGAUCCCCUUGUUUCACAUGGCAUAUGUUUUAAUCAUACUGUUUGCAAUCAUAUCAUGUUUCAGGUUGAACUGUAUACGAACCAAAAUGGGAGUUGCAGUUUUUGGAGUGUUUAAUGUUGCCAUGGCAGUGGUGAGUGGCUUUGGCCUGAUGUUGCACAUUGGUGUGCCAUUUGUGAUCAUAGUUGCCAAUUCCCCGUUUCUUAUUCUAGGAGUUGGGGUUGAUGACAUGUUUAUCAUGAUUUCUGCCUGGCAGAAGACCAGCCUCCUGGUUACCGUAAGAGAACGGCUUUCCAGUGUGUAUUCAAAGGUGGCCGUGUCCAUUACAAUUACCACCAUCACCAAUGUACUCGCCUUCUAUACUGGUAUAAUGAGCUCUUUCAGGUCCGUACAGUACUUUUGCAUCUAUACAGGAACAACCCUAGUAUUUUGUUAUUGUUAUAAAAUCACCUGUUUUGGGGCAGUUAUGGCUCUAGAUGGUAGAAGAGAAGUAGGAUGCUUGCACUGGGUGAAAAAGCCAGACCCCAAAUAUGCCUCACUCAAAAAGACCUGCUGUUUCCCACUUGGGUCUGUCCCUGAUGAAUAUGGAGCUGAUAACCAUCCAAUGAAUUUGUUUUUUAGAGACUAUUUUGGUCCUUUUCUCACAACCACCAAGUGUAAGCUUUUUGUAGUGUUGACAUAUAUUUUGUACAUCAUAAGCAGCAUAUAUGGGUGUUUCCAUGUGCAAGAGGGUUUAGACCUUCGAAAUCUGGCAAGCGAUGAUUCCUAUAUCAUACCGUAUUUUAACAUAGAGCAAGAUUAUUUUUCAGAGUAUGGUCCCAGGGUUAUGGUUAUUGUUACUGAAAAUAUUAACUAUUGGGAUGAAGAUGUAAGGCAAGAAUUAGAAAAAUGUCUGAUAAAGUUUGAAGAAAAUAGCUAUGUAGAUAAAAAUCUCACAGAGUUUUGGUUGCGGCAAUAUGUAAAAUACAUGAAAAAUAGCAGUCAGGAUAUUAAUAAUAAGAAAACUUUUUUGGACAACCUUUCUGUUUUUUUAAGUACGUUUCCAAUUUUUACAUAUGAUGUUAAUGUUUCUUCAUCAAAUGAAAUCACUUCUUCCCGGGGUUUCAUUCAAGUUAUGAGUGUUUCUUCCUCCAAAAGUAAGAAGCUAAUGUUACUCCAAUUACGAGACAUAGCUGACAAAUGUGAAGUUCCCCUAAUGGUGUACAACCAGGCAUUCAUAUACUUUGAUCAGUUUGCUGCCGUACUAGAAAACACUGUUAGAAAUGUCAUAGUUGCAUCAGUAGCUAUGUUCAUAGUUUCCCUACUGUUAAUUCCUCAUCCAGUGUGCUCCAUAUGGGUAACUUUUGCCAUUGCUUCUGUGAUUGUGGGAGUAACAGGUUUCAUGGCAUUCUGGAAAGUCAAUCUUGAUUCCAUAUCCAUGAUUAAUCUUGUCAUUUGUAUAGGAUUUUCUUUUGAUUUUUCUGCACACAUCUCCUAUGCAUUUGUUUCCAGUUCCAAGACCACAGUAAAUGGAAAAGCAACUGAUGCAUUGUAUAUGUUAGGUUAUCCAGUGCUACAAAGUGCCAUCUCAACAAUAAUAGGAGUAUGUGUUUUAGCUGCAGCUAAAGCGUACAUCUUCAGGACAUUCUUUAAGAUUAUGUUUCUUGUUAUGCUAUUUGGAGCUGCUCAUGGUUUAAUUUUUAUUCCGGUAUUCUUAACCUUUUUUUGAUAAUUUGUUUAACAUGUCCAUCAAUAAAUCAAAGACCAGUUAUUGAAUUGUUUAUUGCUUGAUUCAGUCUGGUUUAACAAAAAGGGGAGAGCACUGUGAGGAACAGAAAAAAAGAGACAUGCAAGUAUAAGAGGGACUGCUGGGGAAGAGAAAGGAGACUGAUGAGAAUGGGAAGGAGAAGGGUGGAGUAAGAAGGUAAUGGAUUAUGUAAUUGUAACCCCUCUGUACAUCACCUUUAUAAUAUCAAUUAAAAUUUUUUUAAAAGAAGGUAAUGGAGGAUACAUCAUAAAUGUGUGAAAAUUUCUCAAUGAAAACCGUUACUCUGUACAAUUGAUAUACACUGAUAAAAAGAAUAAACACACAAUGUAUAAUAAAAAAGAAAAAUUUAAAAGAGAAUUGUUAACCUUUAAGACAUGUUUCCAUGACUCAGAAAUCCUUCUACUUGUUUUAAAAAAU